AUGAGACAACCAGUGGCAGUGACUGUGGUGGUAGCAGUGCUGAUUAACGCAGUGCUACGCACCAGUCUCGUAGCUGGAAGCAUGCUGAGUCUUCGUCAAGAUUAUGGGAAGCAUCAGAGUCCUUACCAGUCAGCUGCAGUUGUCCUUGAUGCUGCCCUUCGGCCACGCUGCUCUGGUAUUAUCAUUCAUGAUGCCAUGAACUUACCGUCAGCCAGUUUCAUCUCUCCCAGCCCCACUGCUCAGGCAUUGUCAUCUAUGACACUAAGAACUUACCAUCAUUGUUUUAUCGUAAGCUUCGAAAAUAUUGUAUAUAUUCUUACUAACAUUACUUGUAUCCUUGAAUAUAAGGUAUUCUGCAGUGUAAAAAUGAAAAAUAGGAUGACACAACCAGUGGCAGUGACUGUGGUGGCAGCAGUGCUGAUUCACCCAGUGUUACGCACCAGUCUCGUAGCUGGAAGCAUGCUGAGUCUUCGUCAAAAUUAUGGGAAGCUUCAGAGUCCUUACCAGUCAGCUGCAGUUGUCCUUGAUGCUGCCCUUCGGCCACGCUGCUCUGGUAUUAUCAUUCAUGAUGCCAAGAAUUCACCUUCAGCCAGUUUCAUCAUCGUCUUGUCACAUUUACACUACAUAAUCCAGGGCCUCGACCAGCUGUGGGCUUCCUGGGGAGUGGCAGUGUUCCAGGUAGCUUCUGAGAGCCAGGAUGCUAACUUGACGCAAGCACAGCUCUCAUUUGUGGUCUCCCAGGCAAGGCGGCUGAGGCAGGUGUCUGGCUGCAUGACGGUGGUGGUAGUGAGUGACAACAAAGACUUCCUCGCCACCUUCGCUGAGUGUUCCCUCAAGGGCCGCCUCCUGGUGUGGUCGACGAGGCUCCUCGCCGUCACCCGCCUGCCCCUCCCGCAGCUGCAGCAACUCAUGAGCACCCACUGGACAUUUUCCAUGAUGAAUGCGAUGUUGAUAAUUUUAAACGAGAAGUUGAGUCUACAAAGUUUCAGUGUGUAUAUAAAUCUGCCGUACAGCGCCUCCGGAGCCAGAAUAAUGCGGACUGGGACAUGGACAACAGAUCGUGGUCUUCGACUUCUUAAUUACCUCCUUUUCCCUGAAAAAUUCAAUAAUUUUUAUGGAGCCACAGUAAAUGUGACAGCUUUGCCAUAUAAACCUUUUGGAGCGUACUCUGGUAGCGAUGCCAUUAUGCUGCGAGCCAUUGCUAACUCUCUCAACUUUACCAUUAACGUGGUACCUACAAGCAACUGGGACGAGGUCACUGACUUGGUGAUGGAGAGAACUUCCUUCAUGGCAACUGUUACGUACAUGGUACUUCCACAGCGCCUUCCUCUGUAUGACUUUACAUAUAUUUACAUACAUGGCUCGAUCUCCUUCUCCGCGGCUACACCUUCUCUAACUUUCACUUGGAAAAGUCUCUUUGACCCUCUUGCAGUCGAAGUUUGGAUAUCAAUCUUCGUGAUCUUAUUUCUGGUGCCUCCCUGUCUGCUUAUGAUCAAUUACCCAGAAGACACAGCAAAAUUAAGUAACAAAUUAAUAAUAGGAGACUCGGCUGAAAUAGCUGUUGGAACGCUGCUUGGUCAGAGUACCAAGAAGCAACUACCUGAGAGUAGUUCGAGUCGGUUGUUGCUGGUGGCUUGGUUGGUGUUCGCCUUCAUCGUGAGCAACGUCUACAGGGGCAACCUGACAGCCGCUCUCACCCUCCCCAAGUACCCUGCCAGACCAGAGACACUGGAGCAGCUCGUCAAAGUUGUUGACAAGGUAACGAUGCCUGAUUAUGGGGAGAAGUUUCAUCAGUUCUUCAAACAGUCAGAUUCCUUAGUAUAUCAGGCACUCUCUAACAUCAUGGAAAUCGUCCCUUCCGCAGAGUAUGGACUACAUCAAGCUGCAGUUAAAAAACAGGCCUACAUGGACAGCUACUACUACCUUCAGCAGAUGAUCGCUGACUACUUCACACUGGUGGACGGCAGCACUAAACUUUACAUCGGUAGAGAGAACAUUAUAACCGGACUCCACGCUUGGCCUGUACCUCACGACGCUCCUUACAGGCUUCAGCUUGACAAAUUAAUGAUGUCUAUUACAGAGGCUGGCUUACACAAAAAAUGGGUUAAUGACAUGAUUCUUGAGUCCAAGGAAGAGAGUCGCAGGAGAGAGCUUGAGGAGCUGGAGACAGGACUGGUAGUGGCUGCCCAGAGUGCACCAGAGACCACUGGGAAUCAGGCUCUAACACUCCACCACAUGCAAGGUCCUUUCAUGCUAGUCGCCCUGGGUCUAUCUUCGUCUAUAAUUGUGUUUGUCACAGAGUUAUUAUAUAGAAUUAUGAAAAAUAUGAACUGCUUCACAAUUUAA